UGCAAAUGCGUAUACAGACAGCCACUUAGAUAACGACACGAGCGGUGAUACACACGCUCGCUGCUUGCGGGCGAAAUCCGUCGGCCGCUUCGGAAACGUGAACAAGGCGGAUCGGAUCGGUGGUAACAGAAGUUCGCCAAAAAUAUUAACGGCAGUCAGCAACGCGACAGAACUUGGAUAGAUACCAAACUGAAGACUGACAAAGGCCCGUCGAUCGAUCCCCAAAGGCGGACAUAACGUAACAACAAUAGCGUAGACAAUGGUUGUGUACCAACUCGUGUCUAGCGACGAUAAAGAAUUAGAAAAAAAAGAAGAGCACAAAACGGUAUAGACAGACAGAGAAACAGAAAUGGCGAGGAUACGGAACGAACGAAAACGGAUGGACUGAAACCAAUCAAAGCUUGUUAAACCUCGACCGCAGGUAGAGAGUAGACCGUCGUGCGGAGUGAUAUGCGCUGCGACAGCGAAGCUUUUUCUUCUAGUGUUUGUCUCUCAGGAGGUAACGAUAAUAAUAGUUGUAAUCACCACCUGAGAAUCAUUAGCUUGAGCUAGAGAGAGCUUACAGGCUCGGAAAAAUUAUUUGGAUUUCGAUGAACAAGGAUAGUCAUUCUUCGCUUUAGUGCUUGGAAAUGGUGAACGACAGUCGCUAUUACGUUGGUACGGUGGCGCAACAGUUCACGUGGUCGUAUGAGGUGCAUUGUUAGCUCACAACUUUUAAGUUGAAGAAAACGAAUAGAAAAAAGCAAAAAUUAAUCAAGUGCUAGGCAACUUUCGCUUCGUCCUUUGCUGUCGAGGCGCUUUUUGAGGGUCGAUUUCUGCCGUGCCACGAUGAGAUCAGCAACGUGAUUGAUGUUAACUCUCGACAGAGCUUUUCCGGUUGUCCACGAAUGGAAGCUAUAGUGGCCUUACUCACGCACACGGAGACUGUUUGAUAUGCUCUAGUGACGACGAAGGGAUACUCGUAGCAGUGAAAAGCUUCCUCGUAAGCAGUUGCCUCACCGUAUCUUAUCGUGUUGAUGGUAGAAGUGAAGGAGGUGGUAUCCAGUUGUGCACCGAAGUGAAGUGAUGGACAACCCGUCGCUUGCCGAUUUACAAUAUAUUAUCAACAAUGCGGAUUACACACAAACUCUGGCCACUGCUCUCGGCAGCAGUGAGCGGCCCAAGAGAAAACAGGUGAUCCAGCUGCUGUCCGCACUUUGCGUCUACAACAAAGAAAAAGGCUACCGACGAGUACUCGAGACCCUCGACCACUUUAAGACUAAUCAGGGCGCCCGCUACCGGCUCGCCUUUAUUGUUGAGGAGCUUCGAGAUUGUUCGAUACAGACGAGCGAUGGAUUCCGUUCGGAAUACUCAGCAACGCUGCUGGCACUUGUUAACUGUCUUCUCGUCAGUGCACCUUCUCUCACGGAAAGGGUGGCUAUCCGCAACCAGCUGCUUGGCCUACGACUCUACGACGUCUUAGAACUAAUCAAACUACGACGAGAAGCCGGUCACUUUACAAACGAUAUGACGGUGCAGCUUGAGGCAUUCGAAGCUCAAAGGUAUACUGACGAGGGACAAAUCAACGGACCGGAUGGCGUAGACCUCAAUUCACACCUGGAGGUGUUUUACGCGAUACUUCGACAGGUGUCAUUAACUCCACAGCAAGCACCAUUUCUCGCUAUUCUUCAAAAUCUUCUUCGCGUCGAUUAUACACUGCCAAUUGCGGACGUGAUCUGGAGUACGGCGUCCAAGUUGGUCGAGAGAGUCACUUCUAUCGAGAAGCCACAGGACGCCGAACGACUUCUAUUGCGAUGUCGGUGCGGCGGAUCCGCUGGAAGCGGGGGGGACCGUUCUUCGUUAGCAUUGGGAGCAUCCCCUAGAGGUUUGUCCCCACAGCCGCCGCAAUCACCCGCCCCGUUACCGUCAUCAACAUCGCCGCUGCCGCCUAAACAUACAAUGGUGUCUCCUGCUUCACCAGUAGCAACGGCAGUCCCACCGCCACCCCCACCGCCGCCACUUGCGGUGGGUCUGAAUAGCGGACCAGCACCGCCGCCUCCACCGCCACCGCCGUUGGCGAACAGUCCUAUUGCCCGUCCCGGAACUGCCACCGUCCUCGGUGCUGGAGGUGUCCGGAUGCCAAACGCUGCAGCAGUUGCUCCGGCGCAACUUUUACCCCAGCAAUGGACGCCGAAACCUCGAAGCAAAAUGAAAACGCUCAACUGGUGCAAAAUUCCGGCGGGGCGCGUGCUCGCUGGCGGAAGCGGUGGCGACAACUUAUGGGCCCGUGUGGCGGCAUCACAUAAUGGUACCAAUGAAUCCCUAUUAGACUUUGAAGGAAUGGAAGAACUCUUCUGUCAGCAACAAUCACAACCGUCCACGCCACAAAUGCAGAGGAGGCAACGCACCAGCCAGCGAAAAGCACAAGAGGUGACUCUUCUAGAAGGAAAACGCUCAUUAAACAUUUCGAUAUUCCUUAAACAAUUCCGCUUUCCCACAGUUCAGCAGGAGAGUAUUGCUUCGAUGAUCCGAAAGGGAAUGCAUCAGGAAAUCGGUGCGGAACGCCUUCGGGGCCUAUUGAAGAUCCUUCCGGAACCUGAGGAGAUUGAGUUGUUGAAUAACUUUGAUGGGGACAUAGCUAAACUCGGACCGGCAGAGCAGUUUCUUCUUCAACUGAUCCACAUACCCGAUUAUAAGCUACGCAUUGAGUGCCAAUUGUUGAAGGAGGAGUUCACAGCGACGAUCGGCCUGCUCGAGCCCUGCAUCAAAUCGAUUCGUUGUGCGGCGCACGAGAUCGAGGAUGCCACAAAAUUACAUGAAAUCCUCUAUAUGAUUUUAGUAGCGGGUAACUUUUUGAAUUCGGGUGGGUACGCGGGAAACGCCGCUGGGUUCCGCAUGAUGUCGUUACUGAAAGUCACCGAUAUGCGCGCAAAUCGUCCCGGCAUGAAUCUCAUUCAUUAUGUUGCUAUGGAAGCGGAACGUAAACAGCUUCUCGAUUUCGGGAAUCAACUGACAUCUCUCGAAGAAGCUGCUCGACUGUCGAUCGACACUUUGAAGAGUGAUGCUGACACCCUAAGUACCCGUGUCGCGAAUGUAUCAAAUAUGGUAGCUUCUGCGCAUACGUCAGACCUCCAAGGUCAGAUGAAUGAUUUUCUCUUGUCCGCCCAACAACGAAUUGAAGAUACGAAACAACAAAUCGAAUGGUUGGAGCAGGUUCGAACUAAACUGGGGACCUUUCUCUGUGAGGAUCUCGAUUCUUUCAAGCUGGAAGAAUGUUUCAAAGUCUUUUGGAAUUUCUGCACGAAGUUUCGGAAAGCCGUCGAAGAAAACGAAAAACGUGCGGAACAGGAACGGAAAGCUGAGGCACGCAGGAGACUUCGAGAAGACCAAGCAAAACGGCUUAGCGUCGAGUUUUCGGGGAGUGAAUCGGACGUUAUGGAUAUGCUCCUUGGAGAUAUUAAAUCUGGAUUCCCACAACUCUUUAGCAAACUUCGCAGAAACCGCAGAAGUGACAAUAACUCCGAGGACGAUUCCGUAUCGCUUGGGCUGGCCAAUUCCCCACGCCUUAUGAGGAGAUCCCAUUUUGGCUCAUCUCUUGCGUCCAUGGCUGACAAUGAGAGUCCCGAUGUCACUCCAACAGGUUCCCUACGAAAACGCCGGAACCGUUCAUCCUCGGAGUUUGACGAUAAUGCAGAUCUUCUAGAUUAUCUUAAGCAGGCAGAGCAAGCUCAGCAACAAGCAGGCUGGCAUCGACGAUCGUCCCGGCGCCUGAAAACCGAAAACUCGGAGAAUCCGAACCUUGAGACGUUGCACGAGCGACCAAAGCAUCUCGAUGAGCUUCAUCAACAAAAGCAACAGUUGGUGCACAAGAAGUCGAAGUCACCGGAACCCCAGCCACCAACGCCGACUGGCGUUCGGGGGAGCACUUCUGCUCAGACCAAACAUGAAGCAAUUAGCAAUAGUCAUGGAACGCCAUCUGGAAGUGCCACUGCCGUUGCUGCUAAUAUCAGCGGGUUACCGGAAGUCCACACGGAACGACGAGCAUCCCUAACGAAUGUCGUCCGCCCAAUGGUACCACAGCAACAGCAGCAAUCGCCAUUGCCGUCUCAACAGCAACAAAUGACGCCAGUCGGAACCUCCGCUCUCGUCGGCGUAGUCCCCGAUUGUGCGAUGCCGGCUGUGUAUUCGACGUCGAGGCCAAUGUCAACGCUGAGGUCAUCGCAGGUCGAGGACACCGACACGUCAACCGGUGGGGAAAGUCCCGUUUUAAUGCGUCGCAAAACUUACCACAGUCUAAAAGAGCCAACUGGAAGUAACAAGACAAGACACUCAACGCCUGUCAGGAGCGCUACAGAUGAAUUAGCUAUCGGAAGCCCAGGAGGAAACAUGGGACAGUCCCAUAGCCUUCGAUCUGGUCGAUCAUCAAUUAACGGAACAUCAGAUGAACGCCGUUCCCUCCGCCAGCUGCGUGCAAAACAUGAGGGAAACGGUAGCCGGCGAAGUAAAAAAGAAGAUCAGCCACACAAAGACAGUGAUAGUCCAACAAUCAGAUCUGUAAUUUCAUCACCAAUCGGAGUUAACUCAGGCGUUAAUAAGAACGAUGAGGAAGACGACUUCGACUCAGAGAGCUCCUUUGAUAGGUUCUCGCCCGUUCGCAAGACUACACGAAGGACCUCGGCUCGGUCACUGAUGGCAUUGCCUUCAAAGGAAAAAGCUGGGGCUGAGUUUACUUUGGGCGAAAAAUCAUCCAGAUCCCAGGAAGAAUUAUUGACGAAAACUAAAGACAAAGAUGACAAAUCAUUAAGAGCCAGGCUUGCUAGGAAGAUCCAUUCCAUCACCGACAAUAUCAAGGCUGUAUCAGAGCGUAAAUCAUCUGACGAGGAUAAGGAAAAAAGUGGUGUGUCUUUGGCAUCGACGAAAGCAAACAGCAUCGGUUGUACCCGUGUAUCAGGAAUACCCGUAAAGCGAGGCAUUCCCAUACUAACUGGUUCGACGCAACGUGCUACACCUUCGCCAGUGCUUGAUUCGAAGAUCGCGAAAUCCGCUGCAGUCGUUAACCAACCGGAAGCUAGACAAAGGGGGAAAACCGCGGAAAGUCUGCAGAUCGGCACCGAUCCGCGAUUUGCGGCCUCAGCAGCCGCUGCUCCACCGCAGGCUACCAUAAUACCUACCAUUAAUUCUAAUGUUGCACUCACGCCAUCUUGCGCUCUUCAAGGCUCGGCAUCUACGCUCCUCCCUCCCGACGGCACGAUUCCACCAUCGUUGCCAAAAACGACUGCUACUUUGCUAGUGGGACCUCAAAGGACAACUUUCUCAUUGCAACCUCAACGUGCUUCAUUCCAUGGUGCAGGUAGCAGUACUUCAUCAUUGACCAACGGAUCUGCCGUCGGGAGUUCAUUGUCAGGGGCACAGAUUUCGCAUCGCCAUUCGGUUGCGCUAGGAGAACAAGAAAAUCGCAGACCACCGGCAGGAUCCAUUCGAAGAACCGGUAUUCCAACUCGCUCGAAUAACCGGGUACUUAGCGCCAUACCGAAAUCGACGACAAACUACCUGACUUCGGGGGCAGCCUCGCCGACCCGACUAACAAUGAACGCUGAGACCCUUCAGAGAACCCGAUCAUCGCUCAGAUCGACAGUGGUUCCUGCUCGCGCCGAAGACGUGAAACCAUUUAUGCGAGCCACUUCAGCUUCAAUCGCGCGUGUCGCCCCGUCGAAAAGCUCUACAAUUUUAGCACCCUCGAUUCCCGCCCCCACCGGACCCUUCGCUCGAGGUCCCGCAGCCCAUCAACGGCGAACUAUCCCCGGAUACAGAUGAAACACACAAAGUGCUUCAUAGGACCAUACAGAACUCUGGCACCUGCAAGACAUUAUGCUUAAUGCAUUGAGCAAGCAUUGUAGCACUAACGUAAUUUAACUUGGUGAUAAAGCGGUAAUCUGAUUUUGGUAUAAGCUUAGAAACGGGGAAAUUACUUUAGACAGUUUUUCGGGAUAUUACCUAACGUUGGUUUUUACCUUGCUUAUAUCGCACGUAAAUAAUCUACUGCUGUAACAAUCUCGUCAGUUUCCGUAGUACUCAUGGUCGUUGUCAGUUGCCAGGAAUAUAAUCAAUCAGAAAUUCUUAUGACGUGACAUUGAUUAAAGGUCAUAAAUAGAUCAUAUAUUUUGCGAAUUUUCAUUAAAUAUGCAUCUCUCGUUUUCUUAAGGUCUUCUGGCUGUCAUCAACAUCGAUUCUUUUCCUUCUUCAAGUAAGGCCAAAUAUUUAUACCCGUCCUAGUGGUUUGUUAUUCAAAUCGGGAGGCUCUAGCGAAUCGUCAAUUAAAUCAGGUCAACGUGCACCGUUUCGUUUAUAAUAACUCUGUAUUAAAAGAUUGGCUCGUGAACAUUGUUACGAUUUGACCAGGUGGCCUUCUCAACAAAUACACCCAGUGUUUAAAUUCAGUCAGACUAAAGACAUGCCUCGAGUGCUACUCAUAGGGCGAUGAUGCCAUCUUCAGACGCUUUAAGUACGAACGAGAAGUGCACAUCUUUAAAUACUAAAUGAGGGUAGGCGUGUGUUGUUACAAACAGUCAACCUCAACAAAUCUCUAAAAACAUAGCAAUGAUUUCAUAAAGUACAUAUGAUGCAUUUAAUGCGAGGCAUACACAAGAAGACGAAACCUGAUCAUCGCGAAUCAGGUAAAAAUUCAACACAUCGGAAAAAAUGGUGGCUAGCGAUUCAAGCGUUUCCUAUCUAUUAACGAGAAAUUUAAAGAUAUUUAGCACACCGAUUCCAGCUUUAUUACUACUUACAAUAUGAAAAAUGGACAGACGCUCGUGAAACGUCGUCGCUUAUUCAGCCUCACUUGCGACAUUUAGCCACGAUUUGAUGGGACACGAUUUGUUUUUUUCCAUCAUUGUGCUUCCUACAAGGGGCUCAGAAGUUCACUAAUGCUAGUACCACUUUAACUUCAUUCAUAAUGGUUUUACGAAGUAGUACCAAUAAUAUGGCAAUUUCUCAAUUAGCUAGGUAUUACCUUGGGCCUAGACAAUACAGGUAUGAAUUUUGUAGGAACAAUAACAAUAAAUAGACGUAAUGUGUGACACCACAGCUUACAUGUUUGCUAAAAUAAACAUCGGCCCAGAAUAUAGUCUUGUCAUUUAGAAACAGUAAUGAUUAUAGAAUUAGGCUAUAUAUGCUGCAGUUAUUUUCGCUCUUUUUUCGUGCAAUGUGUUUUGGCGACAUGCGGCGUCGAGCCCUGCUUUAACAGACACACAUAUAAUAGACCAUGCAAAGUUGUAAUUGAUUUUAAGACGACGCUACAUGUGAGCUUCUAAACCAACUGGAAGUAUCACUUUGCUUUAUCUUUCAUCUCAACUUUGUCUUUAGAUCUUUGCCUGGCAAAUUUUCGCACUUGUCUCAUUAACAUAGCGCUCACGAAUACAAGUUGUCAUUAUUAGCUGAAGAGUAACGCUCACUUAAAUACAAUUGUCUGAGUGACUUGGCGCGCCAUUUUGAAAGAGACCAUUCUAGUAUUUAGGUGGUUCUAAAAAAAGUCAACUUCUAUUCAUGUUAACUUCGAUAACUGACAAUUAUAUUUUCGUUUGUCUUGUUAGGUUAUUAUGCGCCACAUAUAAUUAGUCAUUUUUCGACUGCAUAACUAUUUCUGCCAUUUCUACCAGUAACCGUAUGGGUUGCAUUUCAUGGGUUUCAUCCAGGAACUCCUUUUUGUGGUCGAACUAGACUUCUCAGUGUAGUAUCCUAACAGCGGACUGUAUUUUCACUAGGGUAAACGUACGUCGCACGUAAAAACGGCCAAAGUUGACAUCGCAAGGUUGCUACAACGUUGUAAUAUCAGUGUGUAGUCUUAGCCCACGGUAAAUAGCAACAACAACAACAACAACAGCGAACAUCACAGUUUACUUGAUUGUAUAAUUACGUUC